AUGCGUGCGUGCCAAACCUAUCCUGCACUUCAUUUUUCCCCUUUCCCCGUUCCGCCUGUCACUUCCACCGCACUGCUCCUCCCCCUCCUCUCUCGCUUCGCCAUCCUCGCCCGUGUGUCACCAGGUCCCCUCCCAGUGUUGACAUCUAACCCACCUGCUGUGUGUGCGAUCAACCUCUCCUCCACACCCUCCCCCCUUCUCCCUUGCCCCUCCUGCCCCAUCCGUUUCGCCGCGUUCUUUCCCCCCUUCCUCCAGCUCCCAGUGUUGACAUCUAACCCACCUGCUCUCCCAGUGUCGGAGUUCCCUUUCAUCAUUGCCUAUGCACCCACGGAGCCCAUUCUCCGUCUCACCAGAGCCGUCAUCCAGCCCAUCGGGGGGGUCGACAUCGCCCCCAUCGUGUGGCUGGCACUAAUCAGCUUCCUUAACGAGAUCCUGCUCGGGCAGCAGGGGCUGCUUGUGCUUAUAGCGAAUCAGGAGUCUCUGUUGUAG